AUGAAUCAGACAUCACCAACAACAAUAGCUUCCAUCACAAUUUGUGUUUUCUUUCAGACACCACCGUUACAACAUCGCACCACAACACCAGCCCUGAGCCACCACCACACUGCCUUUGCAAAAGCCGAGAACAACCAUUACACCCCACAGGUCUUUCAACAAACCCUAAAAAGUCGCAAUCAGUUGUCGCUUUACAGAUUUAAGAGUCUUGGUUGUCGUGGAUAUUAUCGAUCUUUCCUCUUCUACUAUCAACUCUCUCAGUUGUCGUUGUUGGUAUUGGUGGUGCGACGGCGUGGGUUGCCAGUGGCGGUGACUGGAGGCAAUGUGGUCUUCAGGUCUCGCAAAUCGACUGCGUCAUCGCAAUUCACUUUUACCGCUAUCAGUUCCGAUCAAUUUAGUCUACGUAACAUCGCUCACCACCAUGGUCCAAGCCAUCGUUGCUCUCCACCACCGAUUGUCUCUACAAGUCAGUUAACGUCUAUUAUUUUAAAUUACGAUGCCUUAAAGAAGAAGAACGCUUCCAAAAGUCAUCAUCCCCGGGGACAGCGGGUUUCAUUCCCUGACUUGCUUAUUGAUUUGUUGUAUAUCCCACGGUCUCUUCCAUCAGGUAAGUUGUUCAUGUCAAUAAUACCUCCGGUAGUUCCCGUGCUUCUGGCUCCGACGACUUUUAUCAGUGCAACCCCUUUUGGGUCAAAGAAAUUUAGAGAAAGAAGGGCCAAUACUACUCUGAUCAGACAGGUAUGA